UUUGCCUAAUUAUAUUAGUUUAUAAAAUGUUGAUUUUUUUUAAAAUAGAUUCUAAAGGAAGACUUCCAUUUGGUAAUUUGUUUAAUCAGUGCAAGUGAAAUUAAGGAACAAUGGAUGUAGAAAAUGAGCAGAUACUGAAUGUAAAUCCCACAGAUCCUGAUAAUUUAAGUGACUCACUCUUUUCUGGUGAUGAAGAAAAUGCUGGUACUGAGGAAAUAAAGAAUGAAAUAAAUGGAAAUUGGAUUUCAGCAUCCUCCAUUAAUGAAGCUAGAAUUAAUGCCAAAGCAAAGAGAAGGCUACGUAAAAACUCAUCCCGGGACUCUGGCAGAGGUGAUUCCGUCAGUGAUAACGGAAGUGAAGCCCUUAGGGGUGGAGUAACUGUGCCAACCAGUCCAAAGGGAAGGUUGCUGGAUAGACGAUCUAGAUCUGGGAAAGGAAGAGGACUACCAAAGAAAGGUGGUGCAGGAGGCAAAGGUGUCUGGGGUACACCUGGACAGGUAUAUGAUGUGGAGGAGGUGGAUGUGAAAGAUCCUAACUAUGAUGAUGACCAGGAGAACUGUGUUUAUGAAACUGUAGUUUUGCCUUUGGAUGAAAGGGCAUUUGAGAAGACAUUAACACCAAUUAUACAGGAAUACUUUGAGCAUGGAGAUACUAAUGAAGUUGCGGAAAUGCUAAAAGAUUUAAAUCUUGGUGAAAUGAAAAGUGGAGUACCAGUGUUGGCAGUGUCCUUAGCAUUGGAAGGGAAAGCUAGUCAUAGAGAAAUGACAUCUAAACUUCUUUCUGACCUUUGUGGGACAGUAAUGAGCACAAAUGAUGUGGAAAAAUCAUUUGAUAAAUUAUUGAAAGAUCUACCUGAAUUAGCAUUGGAUACUCCUAGAGCACCACAGUUGGUGGGCCAGUUUAUUGCUAGAGCUGUUGGAGAUGGAAUUUUAUGUAAUUCCUAUAUUGAUAGUUACAAAGGAACUGUAGAUUGUGUACAGGCUAGAGCUGCUCUUGAUAAGGCUACUGUCCUCCUGAGUAUGUCUAAAGGUGGAAAACGUAAAGACAGUGUGUGGGGCUCUGGAGGCGGGCAGCAACCUGUCAAUCACCUUGUUAAAGAGAUUGAUAUGCUGCUGAAAGAGUAUUUACUCUCUGGAGACAUAUCUGAAGCUGAACAUUGCCUUAAGGAACUGGAAGUACCUCAUUUUCACCAUGAGCUUGUAUAUGAAGCUAUUGUUAUGGUUUUAGAGUCAACUGGAGAAAGUGCAUUCAAGAUGAUUUUGGAUUUAUUAAAAUCUCUUUGGAAGUCUUCUACCAUCACUGUAGACCAAAUGAAAAGAGGUUAUGAAAGAAUUUAUAAUGAAAUUCCGGACAUUAACCUGGAUGUCCCACAUUCAUACUCUGUGCUUGAGAGAUUUGUAGAAGAAUGUUUUCAGGCAGGAAUUAUUUCCAAACAACUAAGAGAUCUUUGUCCUUCAAGGGGCAGAAAGCGUUUUGUAAGCGAAGGAGAUGGAGGUCGCCUUAAACCAGAGAGCUACUGAAUAUAAGAACAUAUAAGAACUCUUGCAGUCUUAGAUGUUAUAAAAAAAUAUGUAUCUGAA